CACCACUGACGCCUUCGGUUAUCGAUAUCGCAGGCGCGCCUCUUCAAUUCAAUCGCGACCUUAGCCAGUCUAUGAUCCUGCCUCAAGCUGGAACUGGGCUCAGUGAGAACUUCCUACGUGAUACCCUUGAGAAGCCUUGCAUCUGGAGUUUUCGCAUUUUGGCCGGUUGGAAAAUCAGCAUCCAAUGGCUUCAACUCGGUCAACAUGGCUUCGGUGACCUCCCUUGGACUGCACCAACCCACUGCCCUUGACUAUGCCAUUCAGGAACAGCUUUUGCCCGAGAAUCCUCAGCCUUCGUCUUAUGAGUGGGAGAUCACGGUCGAUCACUCUGCUGAUGGCAGCGUCGAGGAUGAGCUGCUGGUGACACGGGAUGCCGUGAUAUGGUCCAGGGGCUGCAUUUUUCGCAAGUGCUUUGGUUUCAAACUCGAGAAAGAGCCUAUAACCCAAGUCUUAUUGACUUAUUUCCCUGUAUCCGAACAAAGGCUUCGUCCAAACCCUGCUUCAGGCAAUCGAGGGAACCAUCAGGCCUUAUCGAGAGCUUUGGUUGUUUUUCUCAAGACUCAAGCUCACAUUUACUUUCUAGAUGGCGCAAGUCAUGUUGUCCACAUGCCCUUCGAGGUUGAAUCUGCAUGCGCUGCUCCUCAGGGUGUGGUAAUUCAACGCAAGUAUCGAGCUGAUAACUCCCUUGCUGCUAGUCUCCGGUUCCCUCGCGUCCCUCCCAAUUCCUUCUUCUCUAACCAGCUUUCCCCUGAAUCUGGCCGAGCCUCACAACUGUCUACUUUCAACAUUGAAGGGCUUGGCAAGCCAAAGGCUUUACCACUAAGGCUCAAUGUACCACCAGGUAAUCUGUGGGGGGGGCCUGAUGAUAAGAACGACUCCCAGUGGCCUCGCCUCGUUAUUUUGACAGACCCUUUGCUAGACCUAGGCUUGAUUGUUGCUCAGCCAGAUCGCACAACCAGGAAACAGGCGAGACGGAAAUCAGAAAAGUCACCGCAUUUCCUCGAUCGCGCUGAAGAGAUCCUCCAUGUUGAGGAAAUUCGGACUGAGAGAUCUAUCCAAAGUCGCGACGACAAGAUAAUACUCGCUGUGACAGCGAACAGGGAUACAUCUAUGUAUACAGUCUGGCAACUCUCCUAUCUUCCAAAUAGCGACUCGUUCGUUGCCUCUCGCAAACCCAAACGAAGAAAGUCGGGGCCUCGUCGUAGUUCUAUGCAACCAGGCCUCCCAAGUGGUGCUACCACUCCUUUACAACCUAAUUUCAAGGAGAGCUUCGGUGCUCCACUUCCUGGGAAACGACCAAGGAAAAGUGAAAGGAUUGAAAAGAAUGAUAGGGCUCUGGAAAAAUUGGAGUCAUCUCUGGGCCUCGACAAAGAAUCUGGUGUGACACGUCGAACGUCCCGUCGAGUCAGCUCAAUGCUCGCCAGAGCUGAUCUAUCGGCAUCUCACGAUAGAACAGGCUUUGUUGAACAGGCCCAAGUGCCACAUCAUUCCCAUGGCAGAAGGGACACAUCAUAUGGUAGCCAGAGAAAUCGCACAAGUGGCCUAUUUACUGGGGCAUCUUUAAAUGCUAGUUAUGGCCAUGGUGCUCAUGCACAAGGGAAUUCCUUAGAGGCGCCUGUUGAUACCUUGUUAGAAGAAUUGCGCGCAGGAGGGGAUUUCGAAGGAUUCCAUAAUAUGGGGCUUGACGAUCAUGAUUUCGAUGGUUUGGCACAGGAGAUACUUUUCACGAAGAUUCAUACAACACCUAUCGACAAUAGUAAUGUGCGGUAUUCCCUCUCAAAAGACCCGGCCCGCAAACAAUCCAAAGUCUUCUGUAUGUCAGGUCCUCAGGCGACCAUUGACGGUAUAACUCGCCAACAGGUUUUGGUUGGAAUACAAGACCCCAUGGAGAAAUGCCUCCAGCUAGUAACGUUGCACUUGCAAUUCCACAAAAUGCUCUUAUCUGAACCAUCUGAGCCCAGUAAGCCAAGCUUCACGUUUGGACGACUUAAAAAGGCACGAGGUGUUCUCGAUUCUUGCAAGAUCAUUGACGGUAGUACAUCUAUGAUUCUCACGCUGUCACAAGCUAACGAUGGCCAUCGACAUUUGAGCAUACAGGCGCCUUGGAGCCAUCUCACCCCUAUCGCGCUACCAAACAAAUUAUCGCUCGCGAAUAUGCGUACCCUUGCCUAUCGUGGUAGCCUAACAGGUAGAGAGGUAGGCAUCAACAGAUCCAUCACACUGGUCAAGGGAGAUAUCACGGGUAUGCGACACCCAAUACUCCAUGGUUUAGUCGAUGUCGUGAGCCAAACUCAGCUCCAUCAAAUACGGAUACAGCUCGAACCUGCAUCUCUCCAGGUUCGUAAGAUCAUAGAGAUUCUUCAUUCUGUCCUGCCAUCACGAUUUGCGGAUCAUCUUCUCGCUGGGUGGUGGGAUGUCAUUACGUGGUUGCGAAGCCAAGACACCGAAAUCGUUGAUUAUGAGUGGUCUGCUAUCGUUAUCCAAAUUCUCGUGAUGUACCUUGCUUUAGGAGUACAGAUAAAACCAGAUACUCUUAAUCAAACGCCUCGGAAGAGAGCACGGAGUUUCCUGAGAUCUAGCAGUGGAGCACGGAUCGACCUCUCCGAUUGGGAUGCGAUGUGUAGUAGCCAGACUCCGGGUUCUCUGACACAUCCGUCAUGGAUGGAGACGAAUGCGUGGCAGUGGAUGAUGGAAGAAGAUGAUUCGCCACAGGCAAUUUUCAAGCCGAGCGUUGAAACUGAACAGACAGAAUCACUCACCUUACAAAUAAAAGCAGCUUGCUCUUAUAUGUCGUCAUAUCGCGCAGACGAUGCUAUUAGACCUCAAGAGUAUUUACCAACUGCCCUGUCAGUUGACGAACGUACCCGGUUCAACCAUGCCCAAGACAUAUUUAUCGGGUUGCAUCUUUUUCAUGAAGAACAAAAGCUAAAUAUCACAAUUCCUAAGACAAACUCCUCUGGUCUUGUUGACUUGCGGGCAAUUUUACUCCAAAUAGCGAGGUGGAUGGGGUGGUCUCAAUGGGUACAGUUAUAUGAUCUCGAGAUGCCUUUUGACUGGCUAGAUCAGUCAGCUGAUAUUUCGAAUAUUCCACUCGCUCUACUGCCACCCGCACCUCCAUACUGGAGCGUACUCGAGUGGAUUGAAAGAGGGCUGUCUCGAGACAAUAAACCACAAAUGGCAAUACCCGCAACUAGUACGACCCAUGUGCUAUCGCAACUCUCUCGAAUCAAGAUGUUUGACAAUUUGUUCCGGAGGCUAGAGACGCAUAGAGAAUCGCCUGCCCGUUUCGUUGAAGCAAUGCACCAAAGUGGGAUCACAAAUCUCGUACUAGAGUCGCUCCCAGAAGCUAUACUUGUUCCCCUUAGAGAUGCAAUCGCACAGUGCCAGCCGAAUCCACCGCCUGGGUGGUCUAGAGGGAUGCUCGAGUUGGUCGAUAGAGCUGAUGUUAACUCAAUACUUUUAUCGUCAACCGGUUAUCGCAACCAUUCGACCAACGUACUGACUCCGACACACAAUGCAUCCUGGGACUUUAGCUCACUCUGUCAAAAUGUCAUGGAGUUCAAUGAUGCGCCAGCAGACGAUGUUGCCGAGAGCGACAAGCAAGCAGUUAUACGGGCCAUCUUCAAAGAUGAUCGACGCCUAGACGAGACCAAGAUGAUGCUCAACACGACAAAACCCCGAUCCGUACGGCUAGACCCGCUUCCAGAAUGGAGCGAGCCAUUCUACCUCGAGCAGCAGAAAGAGAUAGUAACAAGAUUUGCCACUAACACUCUUUCAAUCCCAUCUGGACGCGGUCUCAUGAACUAUGGUCUACGGUUUCCGUUGCUAACACAGAAAUUCCAUAUGAAUGGUUUCGUCUUAAAUUGUACUGUCAAACCGCAAAACGUAAUCGUGGGUGUUGACAAGUCUCUAUUCACAGAGGAGAAAAUUGCGUGGGCUUUCUUUCAUUCUGGCGUUGCGGCUGGCUUGUCCAUCUCCCGUGAUGCUAAAGGAAUUGACACCUCGUGGAUACUUUACAACAAACCAGGAAACGACCUGAACAACCGACAUGCAGGAUUUCUAUUAGCGCUGGGUCUCAAUGGACAUCUUAAAGAUGUAGCCAAAUGGGUUGCCUUCAAAUAUCUGACACCGAAACAUACUAUGACUUCUAUCGGAUUACUCCUGGGCCUCGCAGCUUCUUACAUUGGAACAAUGGACUCCCUCAUCACUCGUUUGUUAUCUGUCCACGUUACUCGAAUGCUCCCGAGGGGUGCUGCCGAGCUUAAUCUCUCACCCCUCACGCAGACGACGGGCAUUAUGGGUAUCGGUUUACUCUACUGCAAUAGUCAACAUCGUCGCAUGAGUGAGAUCAUGAUGUCGGAAAUCGAGCAUGUCGAGGCAGAAGAUGACGAGGAACCCUUGCGCACCGAGUGCUAUCGGUUAGCGGCCGGCUUUGCCCUUGGUUAUAUUAACAUGGGUAAAGGGGCUGACUUGAAAGGACUCCAUGAUAUGCGCAUCACAGAGAAAUUGCUCACGUUAGCUUCUGCAACGAAGAAAGUUGAGCAAGUUCACAUUCUCGAUAGAUCCAGCGCUGCAGCUGUUGUUGCCAUUGCUCUGAUCUACAUGAAGUCAGAAGACCAUAUAGUGGCUCGGAAAAUCGAUGUACCAGAUGCCACCUUACAAUUUGAUUAUAUUCGGCCCGAUAUACUCUUGUUGCGCACUGUUGCGAAGCACCUGAUAUUGUGGUCAGAAAUGAAACCAAGUCAUGAGUGGAUUCGUAAGAAUCUCCCCCGCCGCUAUCACCAUAGAGUAGAAUCACCAACAGCCAUAUCGUUUGAUCAUGUCUCCCGAGGGCCAUUGAAUUCAACACAUCUCCCCUUUCUUACUAUUCUAGCAGGACUUUGCUUUUCAUUAGCCUUACGCUAUGCUGGUUCCAGCAACGUCACUGUUCGGGAUCUAUUACUAUCAUAUUUUCACCGCUUCUACGCACAAUGCAAAGACCCGCAGCCAAAUGCUACUUUCGACUCUAGAUGUGUCCAAGUCGCAGCACGUAUGUGUCUAGACGUUGUGGCGCUGUCUUGUGCAACUGUCAUGGCGGGCACAUGCGAUCUCAAAGUGCUCCGCGUCCUAAGAUCUCUACAUGGACGAAACGAUCCUGACACGACAUAUGGCUCACACAUGGCUGCUCACAUGGCACUCGGCGUUUUAUCGCUUGGGUGUGGUACACAGACCUUAAAUACGUCGAAUCUCGCCAUUGCUUCACUUUUAGUUGCGUUCUAUCCAGUCUUUCCUGACAGCGUGCAAGAUAAUAAGAGUCACCUUCAGGCAUUUCGUCACUUUUGGGUUUUAGCCACCGAUCCGCGGUGUUUAGUUACCAAAGAUGUAGCAACAAACACGCCAGUCAGUGUACCAAUAACGAUUCAACUGAAGAGCUCUUCAAGUCCUGCGGACAGCGAAGUUCGCACAACACCGUGUCUUCUUCCUCCUCUCAGUGAGGUUUCGAGCAUACGGACAACAUCAUCCGAAUUUUGGAACAUAGAGCUUGAUUUCACCGCCCAUCCGGAACAUAUAGAAUCUUUCAAACGCACACAAACUCUUUAUCUACGCCGACGCCCCGUUAGCGAUAGCCCAUUUGCUGCCACUGUAAUUGCCCUCGGCCGAGAAGACGGUAGCUCGAAUUUUAGUUUCGCCGCAAAUGCCGCGCAACCGCUUGAGUGGUUGUUUGAUCAGGUGCCAGCUCUCCAGAAGCUAACACACGCCGAACGCGGCUUAGUGCUCGAUCGUAAUAUAGGAGGUCCUGAUGUCGGUGACGCUGCAGGGACGGUUGUGGAUGCUCGGCUCGUCCUCGAAGAGAGCAUCAACAAUCCUACACGGCAAGACAUGUUAGGACUAAAGGGAUUAUUUGAAUGGGUUGAAUGGAGAGCAGAAAGAACCCAGGAGCAGCAAAAUAAUGGGGAAAUUACUGAGGAGUCUUCGGGCAAGAGUAGGUGGUCAGGUGAUGGCUGGCUAAGAGAAAGCAUUAUUGAGAGUCUGAAGGGCGAUGUCUGGCUUGCAGGUAAAGAGUAGGCUUUUGGCGUUGAUUUAGAGAUAGGUAGCUAUGACUGUAUUCGUCGGUUAGUGAUGGAGUAGUCACGAUUUAUGAUGUUACGUGCUUUCAUUGUAAAUGACUUUGAGAGAUCGCUUUAUGAAUGCAAUAAGAACAGCAACACCUGCAUCCCCAAGUUACGGCACCUGAAGUAGAGACAUAUUGUCAGGUAUUAGUAGGUGCUCUUUGGCGCAAUACAAAACAAAGCCCCUGUUCUUGAA